AUGUCAUCGUUAUCUAGUAUAAGGGAAUCAGCAGGUCAUUCCUUGAAAUCAUCAUUUACGUAUGUUUUUAUACGUGACAAUCGAGAUGACAUACUGCUUCCAUCACGAGGAUAUUACCUGAAACUUUCUCAGCAUGAACUUGAAAGUCAGAUAAACUACAAUCUUGGAAAAGGAUUUAUUUUCAGUGCAUCAUUGAGAAAUGGAGUGCUGUACCCUUUAGAUGGGAAGCUCUCAAAAAUCAGUGAUAGAUUUUUCCUGGGGGGAGGAGUUCAAUCGAUACGAGGAUUUAGGUUAAAUGACAUUGGUCCUAUAGAAGAUAAGAAGGAUUCACUCGGGGGUGAUAUUUAUUUAGCUGGUGGUGCAAGUCUAUUUACACCGUUGCUGAGAGUUCGUCGAUUGUAA